AUGACGCUGAUAGCCCAUCAGACAAAUGUAUGUGAUCCAGUGUAAUUUUUUCUCCUCUUCGUAUCUUUUUUCCUCAGUAAAGCAUUCUUGGAAUAUAGUUCAUGGUGGUACCUCUACGAUAUGACCUUCUCUACGAUUUAUUCAUGUAUUUGAACGUGCACAGUGCAACCUUCUCUUUGUGUACCAGGGUUGUUCAGCCUUGACUAUAAAGACUCGGCCAUGUUCCAGAGUGGUUGACCUGAGAUGCUUCGUGGAUUUACAGCUGGUUAGAAGAACAGAUAAAUUUGCAUCCUUGAAGCAUCGUUUCCAGUUCAGGUGAGGCGUCGCAUGUUCUCUGUUUAGAUUGCUUCUUUCAAAAUUAUAAUAAAAUAAACCCGAAAUUGCAUGCCUAUUUCGGAUAUGUUUAUUAAGCUUUGUCGAAUACCAAACUUUAUAUUAUAUCAUAGAUGAUAUGCUUUUAUGCUUGCUUUCGCAGAUUCUGAGGAAUCAGAUUGGUGCUUGUAUUUUUUUUGCAUGGUGCUAGAAGGUUCCGGGCCAUGCAUGUCAUCGUCAGUGAAAUAUUACUGCUUUAUCAUGAGUUUCUCUCUGCUAAUUGAGUUGGAGGUUACUUUGCUUGGGCUCUAGUUUUGAUCUAGUCUGAGAACUUCCUUGUGCUAAGCAUAUUAAUACUAUCUGAAAGAAGGGGGAAAGCUUCUGUCUGGCUUGUUCAGGUUCAGCUCUAGAGUCGGCAAUUUCAGAUUGACUUUUUCCGGCUCUGUUUGAAACGACCACCUUUGGAUUGAAACCCACAAUCGAUAACCUCAAGAAGGAAAAGACCCAUUGUUUGACAGGCUUCCCAUUUUUUUCACUUUUAUAAAUUAAAAAAAAAAGGUGGCUCUUUGCCCAAGAUCAGGCAUAAUUGAGCACCUGGGCUGCAAUUUUCAUGUCUCAGAAGGAUUUUUCUCCUAGAUUUUUUCCUUCACCCGAACGUGAAUUCUAAGUUAUCUCACUCCAUACCUCAUCUUUGCUGUUGUCAGAGGCCGACCCAUUAUUUUGUCAAAAGAGAAGCAUUUCAAGGUAUCUUCAUUCAAAGGGAACGAUCAUGGUGAUGCGUCAGAUGACAUGGAAAGGGAUUCCAAAUGCUCCAAGCAGGUUCAGCUUCCUCUUGCACCACAAGAAAGAGAAGAGGUUGAAACAGCAUCAGCUGACUCUUCUUCAAGCUCAAUUCCCUGUGCAUCAGUGAGUGGAGAAAACAAUGUAGCUGGGUCUCGAACGAUAGAGAGAUUAUUCAAGAGCUUGCUGGGCAUGCUGCGGGCACAGAAAUUGGGUGCUGGAAUGGACGAAUUUCAUGGUAAAAGACCUGCUGCAGAUGAAAUUGAGGAAAACCAGGAGAAAAUGCUUGAAACUAAAGCGGAUAACAUGGCAAAAGCUGCUCUCCUAUGGUUCAUGGGUUUGGAUUUGACACUGAAGAUUCCUUUGUUGAUAUUGUAAGUAUGAUGAAUAUACAUUCAAAUGAGCUUCUCUCAGCUUAUGCUGAUGCUACCCUCACUUAAAUUAUCUUGCAGUUCGUAGCAUGUUCACUCCUGAUUUAUUCUCUCUCUCUCUCUCUCUCUCGCUGUGUAUAUAUAUAUAUAUGCAGUGAUAUGCAUGCAUAUUCAUAAGUAUUGAAUGGUCCUGUUUUUCUUCUAUUUUCCGGUGGGUUCAAGUAUAAACAUGAUCAGUUGGUAUUUCUGCAGGAAUGAACAUGGUCUGUGGUACUGAUUGGGCAUAUCGAUUCUGAUCAUCUUAUCUGUUCCGUUGCAGCAUUCCAUGGUACUUCAUCACCAGAGUAGCCUACGGGAUCGAAGUCACCAAGGAGCUGACCCCUCUCUGGACCAUCGGGCCCCUCAUCACCGCCCUCUACAUCAGGACCAUUCAGGGGAUCUGUUCCCUCUACGUUUUCUGCUUCAAGAAGGCCAUCGAGCUCUUAGGGAACCUCCCCUCUUACUACGCGCUGAUCUGCAGCUACCUGGUGGAGGGGAAGCUGAGAGAACUCCUCUACGCCAAGCUCUGCAAGCCAGUCGCAGACGUGAAGAACACGGACUAUGAAGCGCUGGCGAGACUGAGGACGAAGCAGCUCAGGGAGUGGGCAGUGGAGAAGUAUGUCGACUAUGUGGAAUCCAUAUGGCCCUUGUACUGCAGAACGAUCAGGUUCCUGAAGAAGGCCAACCUCCUCUAG